CAAAUGGGGCUGGGUGGGGCACACCGGAGGGAAUGGGGGGAAGGGCCCUUGUUGGAGGGAAAGGGGGGGUCUUUUUGGUGGGAUUUUUUCUAGGCCCAAUUCCUGCCCCCCCAGCCAUGGCACGAAGGGGAGGGGCCAGAGUUGCCCCCCCAGCCAGAGUCACUCACCCCCUCUCUUGAAGACAAAGCCGAUGGGGAUAGAGAAAAGCAGCACGGCCAGAGGGGCCACGUCCCCCACCCUUGCCGCUCCCCUCUCUGCAGCUGGCACGGCGCCAUGAUCCGGAUCCAUGUGCUGGAGGGGGCGGCUCUCGUGUGGAGCGCGGAGGACGCCCGGGAGAUCCGUGAGCGGUUCCGGCUGGUGGGGACCCUGGUGGGGGCGCUGGCCCGCAAGCCCCGGCAGAACGCCCGCCUGGGCCUCCCCCUGCAGCUGCUCCCCGAGGAGGCCCGGCUGCUUGCUGAGCUGGGCGCAGCCAUCCUGGUGAGGGGCACCGAGACCCAGCCCCCGGCGGACGGGGAGGAACCGACCCAGGCAUCCGAGGUGGAGGCCUACCAGCGGGAGCUGGAGGAGAGCUACCAGGAACAGCAGCGGCUGGCUGGGGCAGAGAGGGGGGCCCUGCUGGCCCGGCUGGCCGAGCGCAUCGCCCAGGGCCGAGCCCGCCGCAGAGAGCAGCGCGGGGAGACGCCAGACACUGUGGAGGAUUCAGGGCUCCUGGAUUCGCCCUUUGUCCUGCCCCGCGGCUCCAUGAUGGUCCAGCUGCCCACAGCCCGGCAGCACCCGGGGCGGGUCGAGAGGGUGGACUGGACCUCCCCCUCCCCGGACUGGCCUCACGCCGGCUGCCCGGCCCACGAGGCCCGGUACCGCGUCUUCCGCGAGCUGUGGGGCAGGGGCUACUACUUGUCCGGAGGGAGCAAGUUUGGGGGAGACUUCCUUGUGUACCCAGGCGACCCCCUGCGGUUCCAUGCACACUACAUUGCACUGUGCUGCCCCCAGGGGGCCCCCCUCCCGCUCCGCACCCUGGUAGCAGCCGCCCGCUUGGGCACCGGCGUGAAGAAGACCCUGCUGCUCUGCUCGCCCGGCGCAAGCGGCUCCCUCGCCUUCACCUCUCUGCAGUGGAGCGGGCUGCAGUGACCCCCCCCCCGGGGGACAGCCGGGAACUGGACUGGGGGGGGCACAAUCUGCUCCCACCCAGGCAGUGAGCACCCCUCCCCCCGGAACAAAGCCAGCCGGGGCAGGAGGGGACACAGCUGGGGGUAUCUGUCGACUUGGGGCUGAGCGGUGAACAAAGGAUGUUAAUAAAGACAAGGCAGCGGCAGAACUGGCAGGGUGGGGGAGUCUAGUGCCAGGCUAGCGGGGGCUGGGGGUCAAGAGUGAGGGGCACUGGCAGGGCUAGGGGGAGCCUAGUGCCAGGCUAGCAGGGGCUGGAAGUGAGGGGCACCAGCAGGGCAGUGAUAAGGAAGGGCUGUGGAUUGGGGGGAGCUCAGGCAGAGUUCGGUCCCCCCCCCGAUUGACCAGACUCAAGUAGAUUAUAAACUUUUUUCUUUUAAUUAAACUGAAUUUGCCAAAAAAUAGAUAGUAUGUACUAACCUACCCCCCAGGCGGGGCCCAUGGUGGGGGGGGGACGAGAAGAGACAGUGGACCUCUCCCCCAAUCUGGGGUUAAAGUGGGAGGGGCCUGACUGUGACCCCCCCCGGCCCCCCAGGCAGUGGAUGCACAUUUUCCCCUGCCCACCUCUGUAUUUUGCGGUCUGUCUCCCAUCCCUCCAUGCCAGGGAUUUGUGCACCCCCUGGAAGCUAGCUCCCCAACCCCAUCAGUGUAUGGUGGCAGCACCCAAAAAUAUAGUAGGAGUGAACCAACCCUUCCCCCCCACCUAUGCAAAACUGGUAGCCUCCAGAGUAAUCCACUUCUCACAACAGAAUGGAGGUGAUGUCCCCCGCCCCCCCCAUCCCAUGCAGUAGCAACCAAACUCAUACCAAGUCAUGUACAAUUGAGGGGAAAAUUAGCUUGAAAUCGGCCCCCCCAUCCACCUUAGAUGGUAGCUCCC